AUGGCCAGCUUCAGGAUCUUUACGAUAUCUAAGAAUGAAGCGGUGGCUCCUCCGCUUAGAGUUGUUCAGGUCAAAGGACUGGCUGUGCUAAAGAUUAUCAAACAUUACAAAGAGUUUGCACCGACUCUUGUCACAUUACAGCUUCUUGGACUUGAUGUUGGUAGUUUACUUGAAGUCAGAGAUGACGAUGAAGAAAUUGAAGCUGAUGGUGCCAAUUAUCAGCUUGAAAUGAUGAGAUGUCUUAGGGAUGUUAAUGUUGAUAACAUCACUGUUGGGUGGUAG